AUGGAUUUCAACAUUUUGAAUAGACUUAAUUGUAAAGAACUAGUUCAAAAUAUUAGAAAAUCAACCAUAAAACUUGUUAAUGCUGAAUCCUCUGUCAAUUCUCUCAGAAAAGAUGUUUUCAACAAACUCAACACAUUGAACGAUUUGAAUGCAAAUAUAAAGUCUGAGCUCGAGAAUAUCAACGCAGUAAUAGAAAGUAAUAAGGAAAAGUUAAACCAACUUGAGAGCUCUGAUGUUUUUCGUGGUAAAUUGAACAUCUUGAAGAAUGAUAUGAAAGUAUCAUUUGCAGAUAUCGUCAGUCGCGAGAUUAAAAGACACACUGAUAAUAUCAAGGCUGAAGUAAAAACAGUCCAGACGACAAUAAAUGAUGCAAAACAAAUCAAAGAAAGAGAAAAUAAUCUAAUUAUGUUUCAUUUGCCUGAGAGUGGCAGUGAUCGGGUGGACGUCAUGAAAAUUCUGAAACACCUGUCUAAUAAUGUUGUUGAUGCUAACCUAGUUCAUCUAACUAGAAUCCGAAAAAAAUCAGACGAUCAUACCCGACCGCUGCUUUUGAAAAUGGAUAGUGUUGACAUAAAAAACGUGAUAAUUAUAAACGUCUCUAAAUUAAAAUCGCUUGACGUCAGCCUGGGUCGCAUCGGACUCAGUCACGAUCUCUCCUCAGAACAGAGAAAGGAACUGAGGUCAAAAAUAGAGGAGGCAAGGGCAUUAGAAGCUUCUGACAAAGAGACAGACCUAGGUGUUCAACUGACGAAUACUAAUGAUGUUGGUGGUGAUGAUGGCUUUCAUGGUGACUCUCUGACGACAAAGAGUAUUGGUAGUAGUUGUUUUGUUGGUAAUGUUUGUGGGUAUGAUGAUGGCCGUGGUGAUGAUAUUAGAAAAUAUUUGAUAUCAAAUUGUAAUGUUAAUGAUUUUAAAAAUUAUGGUCAUAUUAGUGCAAGUGAUAGAGUUAGUGGUAAAGAUGGUGGUGGCAAUUUUAACAUAAAAGAUGUUAGCUUUAAUUUGAAUAAUAAUAGUAAUGUUGUUGGUGGUGAAGAUUUUCGUGUUCGCAGUCUGACGCUUGGGGUUAUUGGUGACGAUUAUUUGAAUUCAUCUCUCGACGGUAAUAAAUGUUUAAUGAUGAAAGGCACUGGCAAUGAUUUAAAUGGUAAUGUUAAUUUUGGUUUUUGUAAUGAUGGUCUUGGUCUUGAUGGUGGUGGUUAUUCGAUGGUCUGUGGUACUGGAAGCGAUCUGAACGUUAUUGGUAAAAAUGGUUGUGGUAAAGAUGAUGGUAGUGAUUGCGUAAUAACAAAUGGUACCGGUAAUGAUCGUAAUGAUAGUGGUGGUUUUAAUGAUCUUAAAAAAGUAGGUAAUAACAAUGUAAUGAAAGGUGGUGCUGUUAGUAGAAAUAUUGGUGGAAUUAAAAAUGAUCGGACUAAUAAUAACUUUUGUGUGGUUAAAAUAAAAUUGGGUUUACUAAAUAUAAGAUCGAUUGGCUCAAAGUACAACAUCAUUUAUGAUUUGAUCAAUGAUGGUUUGGAUAUUUUUGUUGUUACAGAAUCGUGGCAUGGUUCAUCAGAAAAUCCCUCCAUUGCGUUAUCUACUCCUCCUGGUUACCGCUUUGUAGAUUGUGUAAGAGAUCACGACCCUCUCCAUGCCUUACCUACAGUUACCACAUUUGAAGUUUUGGCGGUCAGGUUCACAUUUAAUAGUCAGGAGUUUAUUUUGCUCGCUAUUUACAGACCGGGUUCUGCACAGCUGUCUGGAUUAUUUUUUAAAGAACUGAUUUCUAUUCUAGAAAACAUUACAGUACUCAGUUCUCGAAUUAUUUUUACCGGGGACUUCAAUGUGCACGUUGAAAAGACGAAUGAUCCUUAUGCUGCUAAUUUAAAUGAUAUUGUUAUAACCGUGCUACCGAACGCACUAGAUUCUAGCGUAUUCUAG